AUGAAAUUAAACAUUCAUUUCCCAACAGAACAAGAGGGAUGGCAAAGCCAAGACCGCGUUAUUUGGCACGGACGGCUGUGCUACAGCCGGGAGCAAAUCCAUUCCCGGGCUGCGGGGCGGGAUGCGGGGCUGGACUCGUGCCGCCCGCUGGAGCUGCGCAGCCUUCAGGCAGCUCCGGGAAGACGAGGAGCCAAGAGCAGCUGCGGCUGCGACCGCGACCGUGCCUCGAAACCGGCGAUUCCGCCUCAAACCGGCGAUUCCGCCUCGAACCGGCGAUUCCGCCUCGAAACCGGCGAUUCCGCCUCGCCCCGCUCCGCCCGGGCCCCGCUCCGGGAGGAAGGCACGGCGGCAGCGCCCCGGCCUCCCCGGCAUUGGCCGCGGCCGCCGUCACUCACCCUCCCGGCCGGUCCCCGGCAGCCCGGGACGCCCGACGGCGCCGGAGCCGCCCGGCCCCGCUCCCACCGCGGGGACCGCCACGCCCGCCUGUCCCGGCCGGCUGCGCGCUCCCCUCCGCCCGCACGGAGCGCCCCGGGCCGGCCGUGCCGCCCGCGGGAACGGAACCGCGGCUGCCGCUCCGCCAGAGCCCCCCGUGUCCCCGCCCGGUGCCCGGUGCCCGGCGCCGGUCCCGUCCCGUCGCCCGCAGCCGCUUCCGCCGGCAGCGCCUCCGCCGCCCGCCCCGCGCAGCCCCUUUGUGUCCGCGCCCGGGGCUGCAAAUGGCGCCCGCCGGGGACGCGGCAGCGCCGGCACCGAGCGGCUCCGGGCGGCUCCGAGCGGCUCCGGGCGGCACCGGGCGGCACCGGGCGGCCCGAAGCGCCCGCGGCCGCUGCGGAGCCCCGCGCCCUCCUCGCAGCCGGGCUGGCUGCGGGGCCCGUUCCGCCCCAAUCCCAGCGCCCUGCCCGGCCUACCGGCGUGCGGGAGCCGCCACUCACCGGCGGGGUGCUGCGGGCGGCUGCCGCCGAGCCGGGGGGAGCGGGCGGUGGCUGCGGGAUCCCCGGCUCCGCCUCGGGGCUCGCCGUGCCUGCAGGCGACGCGCCGCUGCUCCCGCAGCCCCGAGCCCUGCGAGCCCGAACGGGAGAGAAACAAAAGCGUCCUCCAAAGGAGAUGUGACAUCUUCUUUUCUCUAUUCUCCUUUCAAACCCAGGCCGUGCUCUUAAAAUCUUCAUGAGAUCCAUUCUGCUUCUGUGAGAUUCUGCUCUAAUUAACCAUUCUUGAACAUGAAACAACUGGAAUUCAAACCAGCUUCUCACAGCUCUUACCUCUGAGAAAUAAAGAAUGCAAUCAACUAAA